GGGCCCGCGUCCAAACGUCUCCCGAAGUAAUGCCCCAAGAAAAGUAUCAUUAUCAGGGCCAUUUGUUUCCAACCCAAUCGUCUUAGCUCAUUAGAUAAACAAGUUCGGGCAAGUGUGUAAUGGAAUGGGAAAAAAUAAUUCUAAAGCGAUGAAAAUAACGAUUCCAAUCGAUGGAAAUUGCAGCAACUAAGCGGAAUCGUUCCAAUUAAAAUCCGGUAGCCGGUCGCUGAAAGUCAUUGAGAUGUGUUGUAAAAAAAGAAAACCGUCCCGGCCCAAAGUGGCGUCAUUGAGAGGAUUCGUCUUGCACUAGCUUUUUGUCUUCAGUCAUUUCCCACGAUUUUUCCGGUGCUAGAAUCUGGAUGAAGAAGGCCGAAAAAAAAGUAGCAGCCGGAAAAUGUCAAGUGCCGUGUUUUAUGCUUCUUGGUUCGUUCUCAAUGGGAUCCCUCGAAGAAAAUCCGGACCAAUAGUAAACGACAGAGUGUUAAGUGCGAAUUAAUGACGUUGGAUAUUUCCGGCGAUGAGCACCCAAAUUAAAAGGGGAACCUUGGGGCAAUAUUCAUUUUUUUAUCCUGCUGCUUUUGAGUUUUCGUCCAUUUGAGGCAUUUCUGUGGGCUUAAAAAAGAGGGAAAAAACGUCAAUAAUUAAACAAUUUGGGAGGAAUGAAACGGAUCAGUGUGAGCUUGCGACGAAAAAGUGCUUCCGGUUAAAACCACGUCACACGGUACGGAUUCGCAAAGCUUAAUCCUGUAAUCGGUGAUAAACAUUAAUCCGGGAAGCUUACUCCGCAUACUGAAUAAUUGGCAAAUAAAAAACGGUAUCAUAAGUUAUCGGUGACUGUGUGUGCGCCCUUUGAAAGAGUGUUAACACUUGCUCCGAACAAAUCGUUAAGAAGUGCAAAGUAGGGCGCGAAAUUCCAUGAGAACCCCUUUUUGAUCGGCACAUACCUACAUUUCUUCGAUUCGGUGACGGAAACAAUCAUACCAGAGGCUUAUCAAUUUUCUUAUCAACGAGCAAAGGAAAAAUGUGAUUCACCAAAGUUAAUGGUGCAUCAAAAGACGUUCAGUUGGAUACAACAUGAUUCUGACUAACUACAUACAAACCCCAAAUGCCUAUUGAGUUACAAACUAACUACAUCCAAACUUUGCUGGAACAUCACAUACGCCAAUCGACCAACAAUGGAUGCUCGCGAGCAGAAAAGAUACUGGCUAUAUUUGGAGCACCCGGAUGAUCUUCUCUAUUUUAACAACGGCGAUGUUUCAAACCGCAAUGGAUCCUUCCUGCCGGGUACCGUUGAACCUGGCGGAAGUGAACUCACCAAUGGGGAACAAACCCAGCUGCUGCUGUACGACAUCUUCAUCCCACUGCUGGGUUCGCUGAUUAUCUUGCUGAACCUGGCCGUGGUCGUGUCAAGCUGCAUAUUGCUACGAAAAGGUCAACAACCAUACACUACUUAUCUGUUCCUGGGAAAUGUUGCAGCAUCCGAUUUGCUAACCGGAUUUGCCGUCAUCUAUGGCCAAUAUGCACCGAGGGAGCUCCGGAGUGAGGAUAACUGCGCCAUACUGAUUGGAUUAAUUGUUUCCACCACCCUGGUUUCGGUGUACAGUGUCGGUCUGAUUGCCGUGGACCGGUACCUCUACAUCAUGAACGGAAUCCACUACCAGCGCUAUAUCACCCCGACCCGGGCUCGCUUGGCCAUUGGCGGCACUUGGUUCAUCGGUCUUAUCAUCGGCUUCCUGCCGGCGUUCGGGUGGCGCGGUGAUACUGAUGGUGGCCGGAUUUGCUGGUUCAUCCGGCUGGCGCCACCUCCCCUGGUCAUCCUGACAACCGUUGUGGGAAUUCUUCCGGUGAUCGUGGUCAUUGUGUUGUACAGCAUCAUUCUGCACAAAGCCCUGCGCCGGGUGGCCCAGCUCAAGAAGGCUAGCCGUGAGCAACAGGGUGCCACUGCGGCCGGCAAUUUACGACUGUUCCGUGGCGCAGGAACUGCCUCCAAUCCCCACCUCGCCGAUUCGCCGGAACAACCGCUGGCCGAGCCAAAGCAAACGACCAAAUGUUUCCGAUGUUGCUGCAAGAAAAAAUCACCAACAAGCCCGACUGACACCCCAUCAACGAGGGGCCCAGGGUCCUCUUCCGGUAGACAUCCGACCAAGUGGAAGGCUGUUAAGGUGGUCAUGCUCACGACGGGAUGCUUCGUCGUAACAUGGAUGCCAUAUUUCAUUGCUAGCACCAUGUUCGUUCUGUGUGACCCAAAUACGAAUCCGGACCUGUGCCGGGGCCUACAGUUUGCAAUUGCCAGCCCGCUCGCCAUUCUGGGCUUUGCCAAUAGUCUUCUUAAUCCGUGCAUCUACGCCUGGUGGCAUCAGGGAUUCCGCACAUCAAUACAGAAGAUGUGUAGGAAAAUGUGUCGCUGCUGUGACCGCCGGAAGGACAAUAAAUCAACCGGUCGUCAGGGCCGUGGAAUCGUGGCCACCUGUAGUGACGCGAGUAGUGCCGAUAGUGGCCAGCAGGUGCGUGCCUCGGAAAUCACCUCUACCACCACGACUAGCACUGUCGCCGAAGAGUGCCAUCGGACUUCAAGCAACUCAAACUAUUCUGGAAGCCGCAUUAAUAGUGGCAGACGGAACGGAAACAAAACGCGGAGAAUCACGUAUGGUGCCGCCAGUGACCAGACAGCUACCGACACCGAUACAGAUCACCGGACGAAUGUCAGGCUGUAAAAAGUUCUCGAAUUAAAAUACAAUAGCAUAUUUUUUCUACUGUUUGUAUUUUUUUCAACUGUGUGUAUUCUACGAAUGUGUUUACUCUUGAGA